GGAAACCCAGACGAUAAUUUUGCUUCUCUUCUGCCUCAGCUGUUCUAAUCGUUUCUUUCGCUUCUUCUCCCCCUCUCGCAAUGAUUUAGCUUUGUCUCGUCGAACCUUGAAUAUCAGAAUUUAUCAGAUAAAAUGGCAGAAAAUCCAUCGUCCUCCCCAAUGUCUAUUCAGACGGCGAAUGUGGUUGGUUCGAUCGCUCAGAAUCCAUCAAACCCUAACCUUCAUUCGCCGGCGAACGUUUCUCCUUCCCCUUCACUGGAAAUAUCACAAAUUUCAUCCCCUCAGCUUCCGCUAACCCAAACUGCUUCUACUGCUGCAGCCGGUGGUGUUCAAUCUCCAUUAACCCCAUCACAGCAGCAGAUUAUGAGCCCCACGGUUGGAUUGGAUUACCAGCAGAAACAACCACAUCAACAACUUCAACAAGCACAGCAGCAAUUGCAGCAACAACAGCAGAAUUUAGUUUCUCCUUCGAAUUUCCAAAUUCAGCAGAGUAUGCACAGGUCAACGUCGAUGUCACGGAUGAAUCAGAUCCAACAACAGCAGCAACUUGGUACAGCCGCUGGUGGGAUGCGAUCACAAGCGGGAAUUUAUGGGCAGAUGAAUUUUGGUGGUUCCCACCUUCAACAACAGCAACAACAGCAGCAGAUGGGUAGUGGCAGUUUGUCGCGGUCGGCAUUGAUUGGGCAGGGCUCGCAAGUUAGUGGUCACCUGCCCAUGCUGUCAGGACAAGCUGCGGCGGCAGCUGCCCAGUUCAAUUUGCAGCCCCAGUUACUCGCUCAGACGAGGCAGAAGACAGGUUUAGUCCAAGGAUCCCAAUUUCUUCCUGGUAAUAAUCCAGGUCAGACGUUGCAAGGAAUGCAGGCAAUGGGAAUGAUUGGGUCACUUGGUCUGAGUGCACAGCUAAGAGCAAAUGGGGCCCUUCCAUAUGCUCAACAACGGAUGAAUCAAGGCCAAAUGAAGCCUCAACAAUUGUCUCAACAAACUUCGCUUACCUCUCCUCAGAAGCUACAGGCUCAAAGCCUUCCAAGGACAUCAUCACUUGCAUCCUUGAACCCACAAUUAUCUGGUUUAGGUCAAAAUGGGCAAACGGCUGUGAUGCAAAAUACCUUAUUGCAGCAGCAGUGGUUGAAGCAAAUGCAACCAUCAGUUUCUGCUCCAGGCUCUCCUUCAUACCAUCUACAGCAACAACAGCAACAUCAGAGGCAGCAAGCUUUCUUGCAACAACAACUUGCUUCAUCGCCUCAAAUGAUCCAGAAAUCCAUGGCCUUGAACCCACAACAAAUAUCUCAACUAAUUCAGCAGCCACCACAGCUGGGUACACAGCAGCAGCUGCAGCAGCUUCAGCAGCAACAGCAACAGCAGCAGCAGCAGCAGCAGCAACAACAACAGCAACAACAACAGCAACAACAACAACAACAACAACAGCAACAAUCACAACAACAGAAACCGCAACAACUACAACAACCUUUGCAACAGCAGCAGCAGUCUCCAAGGAUGUCGGGACCCGCUGUCCAGAAAUCUUUGAGUUUGACUGGAUCACAGCCUGACACUCCUGCAUCUGGUACAACUACACCAGGGGGGAGUUCAAGCCAUGGAACAGAAACGAGCAAUCAACUUCUUGGAAAGAGAAAAAUACAGGAUCUGGUCUCACAGGUGAAUUUACAGGGGAAGUUGGAUCCUGAAGUCGAAGACCUUCUUCUAGAGAUAGCUGAUGACUUCAUUGAUUCGGUUACAACAUUUGCGUGCAAUCUGGCGAAACAUAGGAAAUCUUCGACCCUAGAAUCCAAGGAUGUAUUGCUGCAUUUGGAAAAGAAUUGGCGUUUGAAGAUUCCAGGAUUUACAAGUGAGGAGCAGAAAUGCCAAAGGAAAUCUUUGCCAGGGGAUCUCCACAAGAAGCGCCUUGAGAUGAUCCGAUCAUUAAUGGAAUCCUCACACCCUGAAAUGAAUGCAAGUAAUGCUAAAGAACUGAACAGACCGGGUGUCAGCAACCCAGUUGGUGUUAACCACCCAAUUAGAUCGCCUCCCGGUUCAGACCAUUUGGUUUCACAAUCCAUCAGUCCUUCAAUGCUGCAGCAAGUUCCGCGAUAUUAAUGUGCCAUUUGAUUGAGCUUCACUUUGUGGAUCUAUUGGUUGGAUUGAUGAAAAUUCCAGCUUCUAUUAUUGAUGAGACUUUUAGAUACCAACUUUCCAUGAGAGAUGCAUGCGUGCUUGAUGGUCCUCAAUACAUUUUCUUUUUACCCUUACUCUUAAGUUAUGCCAUAUUUAUCAGACUAUGGUAUUCAUUUGUCAUUGUGAUCCUUUAUCUUUUGCUUGCUCUACUGGUUCGGGAGGAGCACUUAUGCAGCCUCUCUGUAAAGAAAAGGGUCUGUUUCUGCAAAAGCUGAUUGAUAGGAAA